AUGGGCAUCAACAGGUUCCUCACCCAACGCAUGAUCCCUGGAUGCCUCUACGCAGUAGAUCCCCCCACCGCCUCCAGGCCCAGAAAGUCCGCCACAGGCUGCGUGAAGCUGAUCACGAUGGACGGACAGGUGAAGGUCUUCCACCGACCGGUGAUCGCAUCAGAGCUCUUGACGGAGCACCCUAACCACCGGAUCUGCCACUCCGACUCCUUCACCAUCGGGCAGAAGAUUCCCGCUCUCCAAGAAGGGGAGCUGAUGAAGCUCGGAAACUCCUACUUCCUCCUUCCCCUCCAUUUCUUCCAGUCGGUCCUCUCCUUCGUCACCCUCGCCUCCUCGUUCUCCUCCUUCCAGUCGUCCUCCACGUCAGCCCUACUCAUGCAGCGGGCGUUCGAGGUCCACAAGACCCCCUCCGGAAAGCUCCAGAUUAGAGUUUCCGAUGAAUUCCUCGAGAAGAUUCGGGAAACCCAGAAGAGGGUCGAUGACGCCGGCGUGGUCGGCAGGGCGAGGGUAUGCACUUCGGCGGCGCUAGAGAAGGACUACCGGCAGCUGGUGGUGGACUCCCGAGAGAGGCAGUGGAAGCCCAAGCUGGAGACGAUAAAGGAGGCGGAGAGGAAGCGCGACGCCAGGCGGCAGAGAAAAAAGGACCGCCAGGAUCACAAGAAAGAAGAGAAGAAACAAAAGUUAAUGAAUAAGCGGCAAGAAAAGAAGAUCAAGAAGCUGAAGAAAGAGGUUUCAGCCGACGGUAAACACCAGAAUCCGCAGCACGCGCUCCCACCCCAUGAUCGAAAGGUGAAGAAAGAGGAUACCAGAAAGACUAAGGGAAAGAAGAUCUGA